AUGAGACUUUUUUAUAUAGUAAAAGAGACAGAAAAAGAGAGCCGUUCAGCUGAUAAACCUUCAUAUAUAGCUCCCCCACCUGCUGGCCCUCCACCUGGUGUUGACCAACAACUAUAUGCUUGGUUCAAAGCCGUAGAUACUGACGGUUCAGGUCAACUUACAGCUGACGAACUUCAAAAGGCUCUAAUUAAUGGCGAUUGGAGUCCUUUCAAUAUCGAAACUGUCCGUCUGAUGGUAAAUAUGUUUGAUACAGAUAAUAGCGGAACUAUUAACUUUAAUGAAUUUGCUGGAUUAUGGAGAUAUAUUGAAGACUGGAAACGAUGUUUCCAAGCUUUUGACUCUGACCGUUCUGGUAGCAUCAAUCAAUCAGAAAUGACCAACGCUUUAAGAUCUUUCGGUUUCAACGUAUCACCCAAAUUUGUUAGUAUUUUAAUACAAAAGUAUGAUCGAUAUGCCUCUGUUCACACCACAGGUAAAGGUGAUGUCUCUUUUGAUAACUUUGUUCAAGCAUGUGUUACAGUCAAGACUUUGACUGAUUCUUUCCGACAAUUCGAUAACGACCAAGAUGGUUGGAUUCAAAUCAACUAUGAACAGUUCCUUGAACUCGUCAUCCGUCAACGUGCUUAA